AUGUUGUUACACCCAGUGGUUGAGACUGUGCUACAGGGGACCUACCAUCAAGCUUCGGCACAAAUAGACCUUGAAUGGCAGUCUGUGCUUACUAGCCCCUCAUACUUCACAGCGACCCCUCUGAAAGUGUAUCUGGCUGACACUUCAUCGAAGGCGAACAAAAGUGCACUACUUAGAAGCAGCCCCAGCUCCGCAGGCAAAAUCUCGGAGAAGGUUGCUACAUACCACAAUAACAAUGAUAGUUAUGGCGCUCGUAGCAAGACAUCAACCGUCGCAGAAGGAGAGUUGUACUGUGUGCCCUGCAGGAAAAAAUUUGGGUCCGUUGCUACGCUCAAAACCCAUGAAGGGAGUGCCAAGCACAAGAAAGAGGCGGCCAAGGCUGCGAAGAAGCCCAGCAAAAACGUAUCCCAGAACGCUUCUACAGUCGAGGUAGCCAAACCAUCCAGUCAAGCUUCGUCCCGUGUCGCAAUAGCCUCUACCCAGCCAGGACCGGCUGCCAUGGGUGUGCGAACGUCUGACGACACCACCAACACUGAGAAGUUGUCGGAGCUAGUGUAUUUGCACGAGCAAGCUAAGCUGGCGUUUCGCUCGGCGUUUGGAGAAGUGACCCGUACGCCUGGGCCUGCGUCUCGAGCGAGUGCAGGCAAUGGCCAGCCUGUCUUGCGGCGUAUCACGGGUCUUCACCGAGGCUUGUCGCUAUUCUGGAAGGUGGCCAACGAGUAUCUUCACUUGCACCACGUGCGUGCGAGUGUGGAGUGUCUCAACAUGUGCGUGUUGGGUGUCAUUGCCCUGAAGCAACUGGAUGAGGACCGAGCACCACACGGCAAACACAUGCCAGCAAGCCAUCGCCAAAGCAGCGGCAGUGCCACCCUGGCCACAGCCACAGCCACAUCCUUAUCCUUGGCACAAUCUGCGCCACCAAGCACUCGCACAGAAGCAAAGCGUAUGCAUGCCAAGGAUACGUCUGGCACCCCACCAAUACACACUCAAGGUGUUACCACCCAUGCCGCAGCUCAAGGCCAGACGACCAUGGAGAAUGCGGAGAUGUGGCAGGGUGUCGAGGAUGACAUGGUCAUCGUAUCAGCCAGUCACACACGACACACACGAGUCUAUCGCGAAGCCCUCUUGUAUCUAGCACGGGCCAUCCGGCCGUACUCCCACACAGACAGCUCCGAGUGUUAUCUGCUGCAUCUGGAGGCGACUAUGGGCAUGGGCAGAGAGGUUUUGUUGGGCCUCUGUGGGUUGUAUACCCACAGAGACGCGCUUGUGCGUGAGUGUGCGAUGUGUAUAACGGGCACAGGUAGUGUGCAUUACGAUGGUGGCUCAGAGCGGGAGGUGCAUGCGCGUAGCGGGGUAGAAGUAACAGCCCUCUCCUCGCUGCUGAAGGAGAUUGCGGGACACGUGUGCUCCCGUACGGCCAGUCCGUUGGGCGUUGUCAUGGCAACGCUCGUCUUCGUGUUGAACGGGGGUGCGCCGAAUUAUAACACGACCACCUUGAAACCCCAUGCCACAUCUCGGAAAAACCCCGCCACCACCAAACAACCCCACAUCGCAACAGGAGGAAGCCACAUCACGCCCCAGAAACAUCCUGGGUGUACGUGUGUGGAUAUGUUAUGGGCUCUCAAGACGGGCGCAGCAUUGUAUGCCGCUCUGCAUGAGUCCAGGUUGGGGGCGUGGUGUGCGUUGGAAUGGGCCGUGCUCGCUCGCUCACAUACAAAUAGAGACCUGUCAGUGCCUAGCACAGCCAGCACCGGUGCUUCACAUGAGGUCUCGGAACGAAGUGUGGACAAGAAUGAUGGCGCUGGGGUGGAGAGCAGUGCUAUAAAUAGAUGGAGUAAAGCAGCCGCAAGGCCGAAUAAAGGCCCGGUGCCAUGGCCUGAUGCAGAGAUUCUCAGGAUGGCGCGUACUGGAUUCAGAAGUGCGUUAGCGUUGAGAGACGUCGGUCUGUGUAUCGCGUUUGAACAGCUUGUGCAGACGUUCGGCUGUGAUCUACGUGUGUGCAGGGGUGCGUAUGGGUGUGCAUGCCGAAUAGGUUCCGAAGGGCUCCACCCCAUGAACGCCGCGGUUGAGCAAGGGACCGCUGUGUCUGGGAUGUGUACCUGCAGCACACCCGGGAGAGCGCUAGCAUCUGAUGUAGAGGCACGUGCGCAUGUCAGUAUGCUGCACGAGCAUGCCAUGGCUGCCUGUGACGAUUCUGUGUGCGUGUGUGAUGACGGGCAUGCGGGUACAAAGUAUUCGGCCUGUAGAUAUUCUGAGCGCGUUGACGAUAUCUCUGAAUGGCUGGAUCUAGAGACUGAUGCCGAUGCCAGCGUUAGCAUCCUUGAAAGCGGGACAAAAGCGGUGCCGCACACACCUGUGUACGGUGAGAAUCGGUCCACCCAUUUUUCAAAGGACAGGUGCAGAUCCAAUUGCGGCCCUGAUUUAUGGCAUAAUGACGCUUCGGUAUCUCUUGGAGAGGACUUGUCACAGGUUAUGGGCGAGCUGGGAUGUAUGCAACAGCUCAGUGUGGCUGGGCGGACUAAACAUUGGGAAUGGUUUGAUGACGCGAUGCGUGAAGAGUUGCGGAGAUCGUGUAGUUCAGGAGAUGAAUCCUUGAUGGGCCUCUUCGAUUUAUAUAGGCGAGGAGACUUGCGAACACCAUUUCCUGGUGUAUAGACUUAAUUUUAAAGUACAUGUACGUCCAAAGCGCUUAAAUUUAAAGUACAUGUACGUCCAA